CACAACGAUUCAUCGAGGACAUCAAGAAAAUUCAGUACAAGCUCUUCAUCACCCAUCGGAACAAGGGAUCAUGGGUGUUCUUGGUGCCCUUGCUAGGCACAUGGAUGCCCUUGUUGGGCCAGGAAUCAUGCUGCUCUACCCUCUAUACGCGUCCAUGCGUGCGAUCGAGAGCCCUUCUACCUUGGAUGAUCAGCAAUGGCUCACCUACUGGGUCCUGUACUCCCUGAUCACCCUCUUCGAGCUCUCAUGCUGGAAAGUUCUCCAAUGGUUCCCUCUGUGGCCGUACAUGAAGCUCCUCUUCUGCUGCUGGCUGGUGCUCCCCAUCUUCAACGGCGCGGCCUACAUCUACGAGACCCACGUGCGCCGCUACUUCAAGAUCGGCCAGUACGUGAGCCCCAACUACAACGAGCGGCAGCGGAAGGUGCUGCAGAUGAUGAGCCUCGACGCGCGCAAGUCCGUCGAGCGCUUCAUCGAGACCCACGGCCCUGACGCCCUCGACAACAUCAUCCGAGCUGCAGAGCAGGAGGCAAAGAGAGCGUAACGAAUGGUUUUAGCUUGAGGUGAACUGAAGGCAUUCUUUCCGACGGGGGGAGAAGCAAAUGGAAUUAUAUAUUGGCCGCCGCGCAUUGCAGGCUUGCAGCUUACUUCACCCCCAUCUGUACUUGUGUGUGCCGUGUGCGUGUGAAAUGUUCGUUGGCUUGUCAAUGGCAGGAUACUUGUACAAAAGUGGCAAGAUACUUGGAUGCUUAAGAACAAGGUUGUCAUGCAAACAAAGAAUGAGGAAUACAUGUACGUCUAUUCGGUGUACAGUAGUUGUAUAUAUGAAACUCUCUGAAUCUAAAAUAUAUCUUGU